AUGGCUAAAACCAAGGUCAAAGGCAUCAAGAACAAAGUUGUUAGGAAACCCAAUGUUCCUUUAAAGGCAUUGCCUGUGACACUCCUUUCUGGAUUCCUAGGAGCCGGUAAAACAACUCUUCUUCAACACAUCCUCCGAAGUGAACACGGCCUUCGCAUUGCAGUGGUGGUCAACGACAUAGGAGCUAUCAAUGUUGAUGCAUCUCUCAUCAAGCAAACCCAUCGUGUCAACAAAACACAAGAGAAAGUCAUUGCCCUUCAGAAUGGCUGCAUUUGCUGUACCUUACGAGGAGACCUCCUAGAAGAGCUGGUUCGACUCGCUCAGUUACAAGAGUUUGACUACAUCAUCAUCGAGAGCAGCGGGAUUAGUGAGCCUGAGCAGGUCGCUGAGACGUUUGACUCGCGGUUGGCGGAGCAGAUGGAUGCCAUGGGGUCUAUCGAGGGUGCACCUGGGCUUGACGCUGACAUGAUCAAAGUUCUCAAUCAGCUAAAGGAAGCUGGUGGUCUGGAAAAGUUUGCCAGGCUCGAUACCACCGUUACUGUCAUUGAUGCAUUCACUAUGCUCCAUGACUUUGACACAAGUGACCUGCUAUCCUCUCGAAGGGACGAUGUUACACCAGAAGACGAAAGAACAGUCUCGGAUCUCAUGGUCGAUCAAAUCGAGUUUGCAGACGUCAUCAUCCUCAACAAACUCGACAUGGUCGACGCAUCUACAAAGCCACGAUUGCUGGAUUUGAUAAAGAGACUUAACCAUCGGGCCAAGGUCGUCGAAUCAAGCUAUGGAAAGGUUGAUGUCAAGCAAAUUAUCAACACAGGCACUUUCAACCUGCAAGUUGCCCAAGCAGGCUACGGGUGGCUUCAAGACCUUCAUGAAAUGACAGUCCGCGAGGUCAAUGGACGCAACGUUGUUACACCAAAGCCCGAGACGGAGGAGUACUCUGUCAGAAGCUUUAUCUACAGUCGUCAUAGGCCCUUUCACCCUCGGCGUCUCUGGGCAUUACUCUACGACAAGUUCAUUCUCCAACUUGAGCAUCCCGACGAAGAAGAUGAUGAAUAUGACGAAGAAGACGACGAAGAUGAUGACCUUGAAAUGGUGGACUACGUAAAUGUCCAAGAACCAUCCACAGAAGUCGACCAAGAAACUGAAGACUCGUCUUCAUCACGCGGUAAACGCUCUGCACCAACGUCGCCUCAGAGCUCACACUCUACCAUCGAGUCGGCACCUUCGCUAGAGCCUGCCUCCAAGAAGCAAAGGCUGGCCGACACAGAGAUGGACGAGACAGAAGAUUUCUUCACUCCACCCAACGAAGUCAUCCUCGAAACCAAGCGCAACCAUCCCGUCUUUGCCCGUCUCUUCCGCUCCAAAGGCGAAUUCUUCCUGGCAACACGUCCCCACCGUGCAGGAGACUGGUCUCAAGCUGGCGCAAUGCUCACCAUGACAGGUGGAAGGCCAUGGUUCUGCACCCUUCCUCCUGAGGACUACACAACAGGUGACGCAGAGGUAGACGGUCUCGUACAGCAUGAUAUCGAAAAGGGCGGCGAAUGGGGCGACAGGCGUCAGGAGCUGGUGUUUAUCGGAGAGAAUCUGGAUCACAAGGCACUUGAGAAGGUGUUGGAUGAAUGUCUCCUGACGGAUGCCGAGUUCAAACAGUGGGAGGACGUUAUGAGAGAUGAGAAUAAGAAUAUCGACGAGAAGCGCGAGGCAUUGGAGGAUCUGUUUGAUGAUGGAUUUCCGGAUUGGUCUGAGGAUGGCGAGGAGGAUCACGAGGGGCAUGAUCACUCCCAUUCGGGUGGUCUGAGGUCGAUCAAGAAGCACUUACAGGAAGUGGAUUAG